CGUCCAUCGCACCGUGCCGUCAGUAGAAAAAAAAAAUUCCCACCCUGCGGCUCUCCCUUUCCUCGAUUACCCCCCUUCCGUCCUCCUCUGCUUGUGCCAUGGUUUCCUCCUCCUGAACAGCACGGCCACAUCUCGCAGCCUGCAGCCAUGGUCACUAACUUCCUGCAGAAGUACCAGCUCCAGAACCACCAGCUCAUACUCCCCAAGAAGCAGUUCAUCACCUACGCCCUGUACGCGCUAGUCGCCCUCGCCUUCCUCCAUUACCUGCUCUUCUACCCCGCGCUCGCAUCUGGCAAGUCGGUGGUGGUGGCGCAAGUGCAGGAGGAGGUCGCAGCGGUUGUCUCAGCUCGGGUGGAUGCACCGGAGCAGCUUCUUCCCCUUCCUCCCCCACCCUCUCCCAACCAAGGAGAUAAAGCGUUGGGGAAUCGACAAGCCGAGGAAGAAGUGCCUGCGCCGCCGCCGUGCGACUACUCCGACGGCGAGUGGGCGCCGGAAGCGCGGCCACCGCUCUACAAUGGCACGAGCUGCGGCACUAUCAAGGACGGCCAGAACUGCAUGGCGCACGGCCGGCCCGACACCGGCUACCUCUACUGGCGGUGGCGGCCGCGGGGGUGCGACCUGCCGGCCUUCUCCCCUGAGGCGUUCCUCCGCUGGCUCCGCAACAAGCACCUGGCCUUCGUCGGCGACUCCCUGGCGCGGAACCAGGCGGAGUCGCUGCUGUGCCUCCUCGCGUCCCGCUCCCCGCCGGAGCUCGCGUACCGGGACGGCGAGGAGAACCGGUUCCGACGGUUCGUGUUCCGGGAGUUCAACGCCACGGUGUCCGUGUUCUGGUCGCCGUUCCUGGUGAAGGUCGCCGAGAAGGCGGAGCACGCGGGCGUGCGGCACAACAACGUGUUCCUGGACGCGUUCGACGAGCGGUGGAUGUCGCAGCUGGGCGCGCUCGACGUCGCGGUCCUGUCCGUGGGCCACUGGUUCCUGAUCCCCGGCGUCUACCACGACGGCGGCAGGGUCGUCGCGUGCCACGACUGCGCGGACCUCAACCACACCGAGACCGACUUCUUCGGCGUGUUCCGGGACGCCAUCCACCGGACGCUCGCCGAGGUCACCAGGCGGCACAGCGACGGCGCGGGGAAGAAGAAGGUGGUCGCGCUGACCACGUUCUCGCCGGCGCACUUCGAGGGGGACUGGGACAAGACCGGUGCGUGCCCGAAGAAGCGGCCGUACAGGGCCGGCGAGAAGGGGCUGGGGUACACGGAGUCGGAGAUGCGGAAGACCGUGGUGGAGGCGGUGCGGUCCGGGGCCGACGCCGCCGGCGCCGGGUCCGGGCUGCGGUUCGCGGCGCUGGACGUGACGGCGCUGGCGAACCUGCGGCCGGACGGGCACCCCGGGCCGUACAUGAACAAGGACCCGUUCGGCGGCGGCGGCGCGGGCGACAGGAGGGUGCAGAACGACUGCGUGCACUGGUGCAUGCCCGGGCCGGUGGACACGUUCAACGAGAUCCUGCUCCAGACCGUCCUCCGGUGACCGCGCCGCGCGAGACAUGAAGACGACAGGCAUGUCUGCUCAUGUCUCAUGUGCUCGCUCCAAAGAUUUGGAUCGAAAUGCACGUGCAUCGACGAUUCUUUCAGUUGUGUAUGUGAUACAUAUGAUUACUUGGUUACUAGGAUAUGAGAUACUCAUCGGUACUAGGUCAAGUUUGUUUUGGGUAGUUGUGAUGAUACUGAAAUUGUAGCUUUUCUGAAGCCUUCAAGGACAGGCAUUUUCAGGAUGA